AUGCGGUUAUCCAAUUCUAUUCUUAUUCUGGCCACAUAUUCGUUAGUGGCAUUAGCACAGGAUGAUGAUCUGGUGGUGGAUACCACACAAUUAUCGCAUGUAUUGGAUAGGUUGACAAAUAAGACCAUAUACGAUAAGCGGCUACGACCACGAUAUGGUGAAAAGCCGGUCGAUGUAGGUAUUACGAUUCAUGUCUCCUCGAUUAGUGCCGUUUCUGAAGUGGAUAUGGAUUUCACCCUAGAUAUCUAUAUGCGACAAACGUGGCAAGAUCCGAGGUUAGCGUUUGGAACGUUGGACCUUGGUAUGUCAAAGAAGAUCACUUCACUUACAGUUGGUGUGGACUAUUUGGAUAGGCUAUGGAAACCGGACACAUUUUUUCCAAAUGAGAAGAAGUCGUUCUUUCAUGUUGCCACCACGCAUAACUCAUUCCUACGAAUAGACAGCGAUGGCACAGUUUUCACCAGUCAACGACUCACUGUCACGGCAACGUGUCCGAUGAAGUUACAACUGUUCCCGAUGGAUUCGCAACGAUGCAAACUUGAGAUUGAAAGUUACGGCUACAGUAUCCUCGACAUAAACUACGUGUUCGCAUCGGAGAAGUCGGUGACGAGGUCGGAGUUUGAAUUGCCACAGUUCGUGUUGGUGGAUGUGAAGAUCAGCAAUAGAACGGAGGUGCUUAGCUCAGGUGGGAGAAUUUGA